UAGCACGAUGUCGGAAGACCUGAUCUCCAAGGAGAGAGAAUUCCGUCGCUUGAAUCGUGAACUCGGCGAAAAAACGAGAGACCUCAUGAGAGAAGUCGAUUCCGUUCUCAUUUCCCACUCGACGAGCGUUUUUGGCUCACGUCUGAACGAUGCGACUGGAAAUUCGCAUUGUUUUCUGAACGAGCUUAACCUCGAAGAGCGGAAAAAACAUUCGAAGCAAACUGUUGUAAACGGCGAAGAAAAUCACGUUCGAAAAGGCAACGAAAGGGACCUGGAAAAUCUGACGAUCGAUGAAAUCGUUUCGACCAAUCCUGAGAACUGCAAAAGCGAAGCGUUCCUUCGCUUUCUCAAAGCAAAAAUAAAAUUAUUGCACGACGAGCUCGAAACCUUUCGAACCGAAUACAAGAAAAAGUGCAACUACUGCAAGGAGAUCGAGGCUGAAAAUAAAAAAUUGGAAGACGCGAGGCAAAAGCUCCACAAUCAGACGCUUUCGUUGAAAGACACGAUUGCCAAAUUGGAGGCAAACAUUUCGAGUUCACAGUCCGAGAUUCAAGCCCGAGGCACGGAAAUUGCAUGUUUGAAAAAAGAAAUCGACGGUUUGAAAAAAGAAUUGAAAAGUGUAAAUCAGCAAUCGAGUACUUUUGACACGAGGCUCAACAGAUCUUUGGAGGACAACGAGAGGCUACGGAAUAUCGUGAGACUCAACAAAAUCGAAGAAAAAGAACUGAGGGACCAAAUAAGAAGAAUACAGGAGAGCGAAAGGCUCACGGUGAAAAGUGUAGAAAAACAGAGAUCCGAAAUAUUGCAAGCGUUCAAAAAGCAGACGGCGUUGGUCGAUAAUUUGAAGAAGCAAAAGAUAUUUCUCGAAGCGAGCAGGCAAAUUGAAUUGACGAAAGAAGAAUUUUCCAAGAUUUUGGACUGGAGUCCGGAGGAAACGUGAAAAGAGGGUGCAAAAAAAAAGAGAGAGAGAGAGAUGUAUAUAAAAGUAGAUAAAACGAUUGUUUCUUUAGAUUUAGCAGGUUUCGAACGAGUAUUUUCUUUUCUAAUUUAUUUACACGAGUCCUGGGAAAUCAGUCUCAGGCCGAAAUUACAGGCUGAACCGCUACGACAAUCCAUUGUCAGUCAGUCUGAUUUAUUGUGUUUCGAUUAAGAACCGCAUUUUUAAAUAAUUGUUAAUCGUAAA